UUAUUGUGACAACUCCGCAUCAACUACCGUGGCUAAGAGUUCAAAUAUUGAUCACAGUAAAGAGGUUGUCGCUGGACUGGACAAAAAUAGCCGGGUGACUGUACGAAUAAUCGCUUUGGACAGAACGUCUAUCUGUACUUUUCAGGAAAUCGAAAAAACUAUUUGCACACAACAUUCUAGGAAUGUUUAUGAUGCAGAUGAAAUCCACUUCGAUCAAGGAUAUUAGACUACUGGCACUUUGCACUAUUUCAAUACUGUAUCACGUUCCUUGAUGGAGAUAUCAGACUGAACUCUCUUCACGAUUGUGACAUACGGAGACAAUUCAACUUAACCCUUUUUACAUGUUCAGAAAUUAGAGGCAAGUCAUUGGAAAAUGGCAAAAAGGGUUUAGUCGACUUAAAUCUUUAUUCAAGAGAUGCAAAAGGAGGCAAAAUGAGCCAAAAUGAGAUAAAUCCUUCUUUUGAGAAAAAAACCGUUAACAAUUCAUGUUUAAUUUGGUAACCUUUGGGGUGGGUCUAACUGACUGCACCGAUAAAAAGUUAUCCUGUCCAGAAAAGCGACAAAUGAGAGGAAUCACAAAAAAAUAGUUAUGGCGGAAAUGGGGGUUAAUUUAUCACAAAUCCAGACUUCACAGGUGUGUCAGCAUUUCGUGGGCUAACUAUAUAGUGGCCAUACUUAAACUGUAAGGGAGGUGGGGCAGUGUGUAACAGAUUUUGGAAUUUGGCUAUGAAAGUCAAACUAUGUAAAAAUUGUGGAUAAAGCGGACGGAAAAGGAUAGAUUGGACCUUCACCAAGCCUAAAAUGUGCUCGGAUGUAUUACUAGGCGCAUUCAUGGAUGAUCAAGACAAACACGACGCGUCCGUGCAACAAUAGCCUGUUUCGCUGCCCCGAAAGACUAGCCUAUCUAGCUUCAAGCGCGUUACGAUAAAACAUGUAUUAGAGAUUUGAACAGUUAAGACAAUUCAUAGCCGGUAGUUGUAAAGAAAAACGUCGUCGCAUCGCAGUCAGCACACAUUCCUGUACGUUUCUGUGCAAGUUGCAGACGAAAUGGAUGGCCCGUUCUCCAGUUAUGUGCCUCCGGCCACUUUCUUUGAGCUAACGAAGCGCGCUAGCUAUUGCCCCCAAGGAUUUUUGCUGAUCUCGAACGUGACGUGACAUCUUGUCACGUAUUUUAAAGAGCCACAACAUCACACCACAACAACACAGACCUUCGGCUUCUACUUCUACGGCAACACCAAGUCUCCAACUCGUUCUUCUGCGCAGGCGCGGGGGAAGCCAAAAUCAAACCGGCGAGAGAGGCGGGCCUAGGUUGGCCUGGGUGGGCGAGCAGUAGGACCCGGACCCGCAGGUACUACCCGGGGAACCCGAUAACCCGAGUACCCGGGGUUACCCGUUGUGGGUCUACCUACAGGUGGGUAAACUCGGGUUACACCGGUACGCGGGUACAAGUGAGAGCCCCAGGAGCAGAUAGGAUAGUAGCGAUAGUCGCGCCUGGGCGAGCCUACACGGAAAAAAAGGGUUGGUCGUGGUGACCAGAUGAUCCUGGUUGAGAGUGAAUUGGUUGUAAGCAUCGAACCGCUUGGUUGUGGCAGCCGGCUGGGUUCCCUGUCGUGUUACAACUCGCUUCGUAAGGUCUGUUCGAUCGCUACCAUAGAAUAGCGUGUUUAACUCAAUACAACCCAAAAAGUCAGUUAGGCUAGUCUUUCGGGGCAGCGAAACAGAUAGGCUAUUGUUGUACGGACGCGUCGAACAAUUGUCCUUCAGUGACACUGUUUUAUCGUUUCGAGAUUGCAGGGUGGACUUCCUGGGACUGGAGCAGGCACGUGCACUCGCUCGGACAGCCUGACCCUAUGGUGUCCGGGAUCGACCUCAGUCCGCUGGCUGGCAUCAGGGUCAUCAGCACCAUGAUCAUCGUGUGCCUGCACAGAGGGUUUCGCACGAUGCGCGUGGCCACCUCCAACGCUGAGUACUUAACGUCCUGGGCACGCUCCCACUCCAGGUUUGCUUGGGUGUACAGAGGCACCCUGUGUGUGGACACCUUCUUCUUGCUGGCGGGGCUGCUCCUCGCCGCCGUCACGCGGGCCGACAGGAAGUCCUCCUUCCCAAACAUCAUGUUCAACAGAGCCCUGAGGCUGCUACCCGUGUACGCCAUCGUGGUGCUGUUCUGCUGCACCGCUCUCCCCGACAUGGGGGAAGGCCCACUGUGGGUCGAGGUGGCUCAGCCAGUGGCCGACUCUUGCAGGAAGUGGUGGUGGUCCAACCUCCUGUUCAUCCAGAACUACGUCAACGGGGGGACGGACGAACCGAUGUGCAUGGAACACUCCUGGUCGCUGGCGGUGGACAUGCACUUGUUCAUCGCGGGCACGCUGCUGCUGCGCUGGCUGCCGGUCGGGAUGCGCGGACUGGCAGCGCUGCUUGGGCUGGCUGUGCUCGCCACCGUGCCACUGACCGUUGGCACCCUGCUGGGCGGGUGGCCCGCGACGCCACCGUGGACGCUGCGCAACAUCCAGCGCGUAUGGGCGAUGCCCUUCUUGUAUCAGGCCUACGUACCAACGCACAUGCGCGCUCCGCCCUACCUGCUCGGGCUCGCCGCUGGAAAGGCUCUGCACAUGCUCAAGAACGCAGGCUUCAGGCCCGGACGAGCGGUGACGCUUCUCGCGACAGUGGCGAGCCUGGCCAGUAUGGUGGCGGUCGUGUGCUUCGGCGCGUCCCUCAACGACCUCCGGGUGCCCUACUCAGCCCUUGCCAGCGGACUUUAUGCCGGACUCGCCCCCUUUGCCUGGUCCGCCGCCAUCGCCGUCCUAAUCAUCGUCACCGUGCUGGGGGAGCCGAGCGUGGUGCGCUCCCUGCUCUCCUGGCAGCCGCUCGUGACGCUGAGCCGCCUUACCUUCCCCGUCUACCUCGUUUCCUACCCGCUGCAGACUCUGCUCACCGCGGCGCAUAGAGACGCCGUGCGCUUCACCCCGCUCGCCAUGGUACCCGAUGCGAUGAGUGAUUGCGUCAUUUCAUUUGCCGUAAGUUUCUGGCUGUUCGUCGUCGUGGAAGCUCCUAUCCGUUCUGUGGCAAAGAAGGCUCUAUCCAGAUUGGGCGAUUCAUCUAAACCGCAAAGCAAAACAGCAUUGAUUAGGAAGUCAGACUAAAGCCUAGAAUGAAUAGCCGUUACUUGGGGUGCUAAUCGUGGACUUGUAGGCCUAUCGCGGUGAGGUUGUUGGUGCCCCAUGAAACCAGUCCGAACCCACCACGGUGGAGGGAGAAAAGGUGGUGGCACUUGGGUCUCCUAGCAGAGGGACCCGUGGUUCCAAAAUCUCGACAGGUUGGGGGAUUAACUUCCAAGUCUAGCCACAAAACCUGGCCACCUGGACUGCAGCUACUCCGCACCCGCCUGUAAGAUAGCCACGACUUGGCCGUAAAUCCCCCAAUUUUUCGAGAUUUUGGAACCACGAGCAGACCCUAAGUGCCGCUACGUCCUCUCCCUCCAGUGUUGAGCCCACAAAGUCGUUUUAUUUUCUGUACAACAAUGUGUAAUUAUGUAUAUUUAUGUACAUUUAUGUUUCGAGAGUACCAACUCGAUCUAUCUAACGGCGUUAUCAGACAAAAUCGAAGACCACGGCUGUUAAAUACACAGUCCCCUCGACCAGGCCACGAAGCUAAUCCCUCAGUUUCUCGUACACCUGAAAGUUUAUGUUGAAGUACAACAGUCCAUUCCGACCUAUCCGGCAGUUUGGGGGACUGUCUAAGAAUGGGUAUAAAGACUGUUUGGACUCUCUAAGGAAACUGCUUAAUUCUGCAGACAAAUUUUGUCAAAGGUUGUUGGUCUCCAGGGUCUUGUGGGAUUCUGAUGCAAAGUCUUCUGCAAGUGAAAAAUAAAUAUUAGAGUGCAUAUCAAGCAGUUGUUGCCUAAUAUAUUGAAACAUUAA